GUUACUAGACCUAGUAUCUAAGUACAGCAUUGCAAGUCCGAGUCGGCUGCAUGACCAAAUUGGAACAUGUCCGUUAAAAUACGAAGAUAGUGACUGUGAUUACAGUUCGCAUGGUCCUGUAAUGAAAUAGUUUUGUUUCAAAACCCGACUCUCGUUAACUAUGGAAAGCAAGACCACUACCCACUUGGUAAACCUCUUGCAGGCUUGCAUCGACAAGAAAGCCCAUCGUGCCGGCAAGAUCCUCCACGCUUUUUUCCUCCGGAACGGCCUCGCCUCCCAAACCUUCCUCUCCAACCGCCUCAUCGAGCUUUACUCUAAGUGCGGGAAAAUCGAUUCCGCUUGCCGGGUAUUCGAUAAAAUCCCUCAAAAAGGCGUAUAUUCUUGGAAUGCCAUCUUGAGUGUUCACUGUAAAGUGGGCAAUGUACAGGAUGCCUAUGCAUUGUUUGUUAAAAUGCCGGAAAGAAACACCGUGUCUUGGAACACUUUGAUUAGCGCACUCGUUCGAAGUGGGUUGGAACAGAAAGCCUUGGAUGCGUAUGAUGCGAUGAUCUCGGAAGGAUACGUACCUACACAUUUCACGUUGGCGAGUGUAUUCAGUGGAUGCGGCGCCUUGUUAGCUUCGGAGCGUGGUAGGAUAUGUCAUGGUCUUGUUAUUAAGAUUGGCCUUGACAAAAAUAUAUAUGUCGUUAAUGCUUUGUUGUGCAUGUAUGCCAAGUGUGGGCUUAUGAAGGAUGCAAUUCAAGUUUUUGGGGACAUGCACGAACAUAAUGAGGUCACUUUUACAGCCAUGGUGGGCGGGUUGGUACAGACGGGUCGAGUUAUGGAUUCUUUGAAAAUGUUUAGACUAAUGUGUAGGAAAGGAAUACGUAUCGAUUCUGUCUCGUUGUCAAGCAUUUUAGGUGCUUGUGGUAGAGGGGUAUCAGGAGAAUUCUAUCAGGAUGAUCUGAACGACGUCCUUUCGUCCAAUGUGCAUGGGCAACAAGCUCAUGCCCUCAGUAUUAAACUAGGAUUCGAGACAGAUCUUCAUUUAAAUAAUUCAUUACUUGAUAUGUACGCAAAGAAUGGGGACAUGGAUAGUGCCGAGAAGGUUUUUGCUCAUUUGCCUGAAGCCAGUGUUGUUUCUUGGAACGUUAUGAUAGCUGGGCAUGGCCAGAAAUAUCAAAGUGAUAAAGCUUUUGAUUACUUGCAAAGAAUGCAAUGGUCUGGUUUUGAGCCAGAUGAGGUCACUUAUAUCAAUAUGCUUGCAGGAUGCAUCAAGUCUGGCGAUAUUGAAACAGGGCGUCGAAUAUUUGAUAGCAUGUCUCAGCCAAGUGUGAGUUCAUGGAAUGCAAUACUCUCUGGCUAUACCCAGGGUGGGAAUCACAAGGAGGCAAUACAACUCUUUAGGGAAAUGCAGUUUCAACGUGUGCAAUCUGAUCGGACUACUUUGGCCAUUAUCCUUAGUUCAUGUGCGGCAAUGGGGCUACUGGAGUUUGGAAAGCAGGUCCAUGCUGCCUCACGGAAGGCUUCCUUUCAUACUGACAUAUAUGUUGCCAGUGGACUAAUUGGCAUGUACUCUAAAUGUGGGAAGACAGAGAUGGCAGGGUGUAUAUUUUAUAAUAUGCCUGAAUUGGAUGUUGUUUGUUGGAACUCAAUGAUAGCUUGCUUUUCGCUUAAUUCUCUAGAAGUGGAAGCUUUCAAUUUCUUCAAGCAGAUGAGACAAAAUGGAAUAUGUCCUACCCAAUUUUCUUAUGCUACUGUGCUGAGUUGCUGUGCGAAACUAUCUUCUUUGUCCCAAGGGAGACAGAUUCACGCUCAGAUAGCAAAAGAUGGGUAUGUAAGUGACGUCUUUGUGGGUAGUGCUCUUAUUGAUAUGUAUUGUAAAUGUGGUGAUGUGGAUGAGGCCCGGCGGUUCUUUGAUAUGAUGCACAGUAAAAAUACUGUUACUUGGAAUGAAAUGAUACAUGGGUAUGCACAGAAUGGACGUGGAUAUGACGCUGUCUCUCUCUACAAAGACAUGAUUACUACUGGUCAGAAACCUGAUAAUAUUACAUUUAUUGCUGUCUUAACUGCUUGUAGCCAUUCAGGACUGGUAGAUGUGGGUUUGGAGAUAUUCAAUUCAAUGCAGCUAGAACAUGAUGUGGAGCCUGUCUUGGACCACUACACUUGCAUCAUCGAUUCUUUGGGGCGAGCUAACCGGUUCGAUGAAGCAGAAGUGCUUAUAGAUAAGGUGCCAUAUAAAGAUGAUCCAGUUCUAUGGGAGGUGUUGCUUAGUUCUUGUCGUGUUCAUGCUAAUGUGAGCUUAGCAGAAAGAGCGGCACAGGAACUUUACCGCUUGGACCCUCAGAAUCCUACUCCUUAUGUGCUUCUGGCAAAUAUAUAUUCAGGGUUGGGAAGAUGGGAUGAUGUGAGGGCUAUUAGGGAGCUGAUGAGUGAUAAACAAGUAAUUAAGGAACCAGGUUAUAGUUGGAUCGAUAAUAAGAAUGAGGUGCAAACCUUUAAGGUGGAUGAAGUUCAAGCAGUAAGCGGGGGAACUUGUUAGAAUGGAUGGUACAAAGUCCAAAUUCCUACAGGAGGCCUGAUAUUUGUCAAGAAGGAUUCAUCGAAUUUGAUGGGAAGAGACUGUAAUUAAGAUUUUUUUCAAAGGAUGGAUCCCAUUGAUUUAUUAAAAAGCACUCAAUUAUUGCAGAGAAAUUCCGUGAUUACAAUCUAACACCUUGGGGAACCAAAACCUUCAGGAGCCAAAAAGAGCCCCAAACCAAAGUGCAAAAACAAACCUUGUUCCCAAACAAAUCCAAUACUCUACGGAAGACAUUUACAUCUGAUCUGAUCUGAAGACAUUUUUUUUUCAUUUUUAUGUUGACAGAUUAUUGGUUUUCACGGUUAAAUUAAGAAUUCAAAGCUUCAGCAGUAAUUGAACAAGAUCAGGAAUCCCAAGACUUCUCCCUCAAACUUGCAAAUAAAAGCUUGACACGGUAGAAGGAUAACAGAUGGAAUCAGAUAAAUACGAACAUUAAAAGAAGACAAUGGAUGUACCAUCAGGUUGCUGGUGCUCAUCUUUGAGGAGACUCGCUACCGCUUGGAGAAUUAUGACCUGGAGGUCAUUUUUUUCUUCACUGCUAUCGCUUUGGACAAUCAAAGGCAAGUUGAGACCAAUUUAUGGGAAAGGUUCGAAAGGUUUGAACCAAAGAUAUCUCUCCCCUCACAAGAGAACCCUUCCAUGGCAAGACCACAUCUUGUGGUGGCCUUCAAAAGGAAGGCGGGAAGAUCCUUCUGGUUCUCACCAAUGUUUUAUAUCAGAAUCUUAGACAAGGAUUGAUGCUACAAGUUUCAGCAGGUGAAGCAAGUUCUUCUGUCUCUGUUUCUCCCCUCAAGGACUGAUGCUAUUCAUCCCUGAUGGUAACAGUGCCAUCCAUUUCAUGCUUAUAAAAAUCGUUUAAUUUCCAAGAUGAACAAGGUUGAAACUAAAUUAUCCAGACUAAUUCAGGCAUUGUUUGUUGUAACAAAAUGACUUCUUAAGCUCCUUUUUUAUCUGUAGAAAAACGAUUAAGAACUUGCUUUUUUUCUUUUAUAAAUGGCAAUGAGUAGCGCCAGAGUGAGAAGGAUACAAGAGAUUAUGCAUUCUGCCUCAGAGGGUGUUAAGAGCUUGUAUACUGCCUAUUUUUUAUAAUGUAGAUGUCACAGUGGAGAUUUUACAGUUGUUGCCAA